AUUAGCUUCCGCGGCCAUACACACGCGCACGCUCCGUUAACUACGACAAAACAAAAUUCAAUUAAAAUCCCAUUUCACAAUCUGAUACGAACCCGAGGAAUGCGAACGGUUCAUAUAAAAUGUAUAUUUUUGUGUACAUUAUUACAUACUUGAUACUAGUGAGUGCGGAUGUUGAUAAAACAAUUGUAAGCAGUGAAGAGAAAUUGGACACACAACAGGGUGUGAUACGAAAAUUUGACGAAUCGAUGCCAAGAAGAUUUUUAGAUGAUCUAAAUGAUUACGAGUUUCAUAUAUCUCACUUGAAAGAUGUAGAAUUGGACGGUGGAAAGGGGCAAUGUAAAGAAACAUUUGCGGAUAAAGUGAAAAGGUAUAAAAAGAUGCUGGCCAAUGAUGCGUCUCGGAUCCAAUUUGUGUCUGCUGACGAGAUCCCCGUGGACGAAAAAGAUUUGAUUCCUGAAAAAUGUGAACCCACAGUUAAUGCAACAAUAGUUAAUGCUAAUACUACGCUAGCCACGGUCAUAGAUAAUAAAACAAUUGAGUCAGAUGAAGUUAAACUGAAACUCGAUGUUACAACAAAGGAUAAUUUAGAAAUAGUGAAUGCAGCUACCACACCUAAAGUUAAGCACAAAAAGAAAAAGGACGUGAAGGGACGUCGAGCCAGCGAGUAUCUCUUCAGUUCGGUGGAGUACUACGACGAAGUGCCGGACUUCGCGGACACCAUAUGUCCGGACGUGGUGGACAUCGUGAAGCUGCAGAUCGACCCGCUGAAGCCGUAUGACGUGGAGUGCGAGCUCAUGCUGGAGUGGCAUAGUUUGACAUAGAUUUUUUAUU